AUGUCCUCCUUUUCGAGCUCCGUUAUCAACAAAUCCGGGAAGAAAUUCGCCCCUAAGGCUCCUGUACGCCGUGCGAAUGCCCCUACCCUCACAUCCGCUCCCUCUUCCAGGGCUGCAACCUCUACACCAGCUCCACAAAUACUUCAACCCCUCCCAUCACCACGAUUGUCACCACUACCUACUCCCCCCGAAGUUCCGCAGUCGCCACCUGCCAAUUCUCCGGCUUCCAUACAAUCUUCUUGCCCUGACUCCCCCGCGACGUUUCAAUUCCGCUCUUUGCGCGAUAUUGCCUCCGGUCCCGUUCGAAUUCUCCCUCCCGAACGCCGUUCCUCGAAUCCGAUUACCGCCCCGACCGAUACUCCCUUCCCUGAUCUCGCCGAACCUUUGAAACCGACCUUUUCAGGCUCGGAAAUUCCCACCGCGAUAACUUUACCCACUCCCAGAGCUCGGAGUUCCGAAUCUACAAAAUCUCCUUCGCCCCCACGGAGUCCUAUAGUCAGCCUAACUCCCCCGUCAACAGACCUAAAUACAGAUGUGCGGCCGUCAAAACGAAUCAGGAUUUCGGAGCCUGAAGCUGAUACACAGCAAUUAUCACUGUCUAAUGACCAAAGUGUCACAUUAAGGGACGGCGUCAGCCAGGCUGCCGAGAAGCCGGCUCGGCAAAGUGGCGUCAAUAUCAUCAACAAUCCUGUCUCUAAACCAAAAAAAACAAGAAGUAAACGAAAGGUCGCGGAGGACUCAGAGAUUGCUGAUGGGACGGAUGCUCCGUUACGGUCAAAAGUAUCUCGUGGUGGGAGGAAACGCGAGGAAACACCGGAAGAUGCGGAAUCUGUUGAAAUAGUAUCGGCGGUUGUUACAAUGGCGGAUCUAUGUAAGGAUCUCCGCACAGGAAGACGUUCAAGGCGGGAGAUGGAAUUGAGAAACAUGGAAACGGCAGAGCUUGCAAGAAAGCAGGAAGCGAAGGAAAAUAAGAGGAAAGCCUGCAGUCAAGACGCAUCAAAUGAAGCUGUGAAGCAAUCAGACCAAAGUGACAGACCCCAAAAUCGCGAAACAUCUCCGACCAGUGGUCCUCAAAUGCGCAUCGUCAAUGGGGAGAUUGUUUUGGACACAUCCACGUUGCAGAUUGACCGUCACGCAGAUGCCGCACGCAACGCCGAAGACAUGGAAGAGGUGGUUGAAAAUACAUUGACGCGGCGGAUUAAUCAAGCGACGUUUGGAAAGCGGACUAAAUACGAGCCUUGGGAUGAAGAGUUGACGGAUCUUUUCUAUAAGGGCUUACGAAUGUUUGGGACAGAUUUCAUGAUGAUUAGCAAGAUGUUCCCGAGUCGUACGCGCAGGCAUAUUAAACUCAAGUUCUGCAAUGAAGAGAGAAAGGAUCCAGAAAGAAUCAAGAUGACGUUACUUGGUCCUCGCGAACCAGUCAAUUUAGAAGCGUACUCGGAAUGGACAAACACAGUCUACGAUGACCCUAAAAUUCUGGAGCGGGAGCUUGAAGAAGAGAAGACGAGAAUUGAACAGGAACAUGCGAAGGAGAAAGAAGCACGCGAACAGCAACUUCGAAACCCUGGCGAUGGAGGCGUCUUACCCAGCAUAGAAAAUGGAGCAGAUACAAAACGAAACCGAGGCCAAAAGAAGAAGGCGACGAAGUCAGCCAAGUUAGGCGGUGGCACAGAAGAAAUAUUGGGUACUAUUGACGAUAUCUAA